AGCUACCAUCAGUCAGAUGUCUGGAAAACGUACUACGAGUUAUAAAAACGCAUAUACGUCUCUCCGUCGUGCCGUACUAUCGCAUCAAUAAACGUGAAUAGUUAAAUUAUCGCAAUCAUUGGAUUAUAAGUAAUUUUAGUGUUUAAUAAUCAAUCGGACCACGUUCAAUCACAUAAUAACUGUAAAUGAAUAAGAAUCUUUUCGUUAAAUAAAACAUGUUAUCGUUUAUAAUUGGCAGAAUGAAUUCUUCGAUAUCCAUACAAUUAUUGAUUUGUUUGUUGAUAUUUUUACCAUCGUACUGUAGAGGAUAUGAUGAUCCUUGUAAAUCCAAAGAUCCUCGUGUUUUUAGUAAAUUAUGUGGAAAAGUUUCAGCGCCAAAUUACGAAGACUGGUACAAAAAUCUUACAAUCGGUGUAAUAGAAGAAGAAAUUCGAAAAAAUAUAGAUAGGAUUCAAUACAACCGUUUUACUGAGGAUUAUAUAGUAUCACAAAUUAGUGAUCAUUUGCAAAUUGGAAGCAGCCCUUUUCGUGGACAACUUAUCGAUUCAACGCUUUCCAAAGAAGCCAAUUUGGAAUAUCGGAACGCUGAACUUCUAGUUUCGAUUUCGCGCAGUAUAAUGAGUUCAUAUUGUCCUACAUAUCAGUACACGGGAGCUAUUCCUGUACAGCAGUGUGCCGAAGACUUAUCAAAAGUAGAAGUAAGCAAAACAUCAUUGCGGGAUAUGUGUUCUGAGUAUUUCAAAGAAAGACAGUGCAUUGAAAGGGACUUAAAAUAUCGUAGUUUAGAUGGUUCUUGUAACAACUUUAUGUACACCUACUUAGGAAAGGCAACUACCGCUUAUAAACGUUUGCUGUUUCCAGAUUACGUAGAUGGUAUUCAAGAAGUUUCAGAACGACUGCCUAAUGCUAGAAAAGUGAGCGUCGGUCUUGUCUGUGACGAGGAGUCGUUUGACAACAAAAAAACGAUGGCAAUGGCCAUUUGGGGAAUUUUCAUUGGCCACGAUCUAUCACGCACGGCAGUUUCCACCAUGGGAAAUAAUAACACAUUCGUGAGAUGUUGUGGUGACAACGGACUGAUACAUUAUACUAUGAACAAAUACGUUAAGUCGUGCAAUCCCAUAAUAAUACCAAACGAUGAUGCAUUUUAUGAACCAAAAUUACAAUCUUGCAUGGACUACGUGCGUUCAGUGCCAGCGAUGCGUUCUGAUUGCACAUUUGGACACAUAGACCAAAUGAACUUGGCAACUCAUUAUUUAGACGGGUCGAUGAUUUAUGGUACGACAGAGGAACAGACAUUGUCGUUGAGGACCAUGAAAGGAGGCCAACUGAAGGUAGUCGAUGUAGUCGUCAAUCUGUACGUCAGCCCCGAGGAUCUUUACACAAAGUAUCCGGUUCCGAAAACAGAGAAGCACUUGCAUUACAUGGAGCCGGAAUCGGUUGCGUGCCAGCACGGCAACGGCACAUGUUUCAAAGCUGGUGACGUCCGGGCAAACGCUCAUCCCCAACUGGCGGCGUUGUACACGCUGUGGAUCAGGCAACACAAUCGAAUCGCAGAAGAAUUGAAAUCGCACUACGAAUUGUUGACCGACGAAGAGCUUUUCCAAGAGGCCAGGAAAAUUGUGGUAGCGUACAUACAGCACAUAACCUACUCGGAGUGGCUGCCGGCGUUGCUCGGCGUCGACUACACCACAAAUACCGAGCUGGACAUGAUGCACCGUAUGCACAGCUCGUACAUAAAGGAAGCCGACCCGCGUGUGAGCAACAGCUUCGCGACCGCGAUACUGCCGUUCGCCUAUUCCAUGCUCAGCGAUAACAUCAUUUUAUACACUGAAAACCGAAGGGUCAACGGAAGUUUUUCGCUAAAGGAACAUUACAACUCGCCACUAUAUUCAGUGAUGAACUACACAGAUCAACUUAUCAGAGGACUAACUACGCAGAAUGCACAAAAUGUCGAUAUGCUAUUUACAGAAACGUUGACAAAUUACUUAUACAAUACUCAUCCAGCUAAUUUGUUUGGAAUGGAUUUUAUUAGUUUGGCUAUACAACAAGGCCGUGAUCACGGUAUUCCAAGUUACACGGAAUUCAGAAAAUAUUGUGAAUUAAAAGAUAUAAAAAGUAUAAAAGACUUGUCCAAGAUCAUGAUAGAAGGAUCAGUGGAUAAAUUAAUGAAGCAGUACAAAACUUGGGACGAUAUAGAUCUAUUGGUAGGUGCAUUGCUAGAGAAGCACGCAGAGGGCGCGAUGGUUGGCCCAACCAUGAGGUGUAUCAUUGGAGAGCAAUUUGUAAGAACUAGAGUUGCAGAUAGAUAUUUUUAUGACAUAGAUGAAUUCUCCCAAACACAACUGGCCAGUAUCAAAAGCUUGACGUUUGCCAAAUUUUUUUGUGACAACAGCAAUAACGUUACAAUUAUGCAACAACAAGCGUUUUUGACACUUUCUAAAUCCAAUCAAAUGAAAAAUUGUAGUUCAUUCCCGGAGUUCUCCCUUCAAAACUGGAUGGAGCUUAUUUAACUCUUGAAAACUCAUUCAUUACUUUGACAUAUUUAUUUAUAAUUUAAUAAUUAAAAAAAAAAUAAUAUUAUUAUUAUUUAUUAGUAAAUAAGUUUAUAUGUUUUAUACUAAGUAAUCAAUAAAAAUUAAUUAAUUAUAAGUUCAAUCUUUUUGCAUUG